AUGUCGGGAGAGAAAAUCUUCGAGGGCUGUUUCGCCGUUCACAAGCCGCAAGGUAUCACCUCGGCCGACGUCCUCCGCGACCUCCAGCGCCAUUUCAACCCCUCCAAGCUUUUUCAACCAUGGAUUGAGGCUGAGAAAGCUAUCCGCAAGAGAGAGAGCAACUUUCAGAAGAACCGCCGCCGCAAUAAGAACAGGAAAAUCGAAGUGAAGAUUGGGCAUGGCGGAACGCUAGAUCCGCUCGCAACGGGCGUGCUGAUCGCCGGUGUAGGCAAGGGCACCAAGUCGCUGAAUGACUUCUUGGCGUGUACCAAGUCCUACGAGACGGUGGUUCUCUUCGGUGCGGAGACGGACACGUAUGACCGCUUGGGCAAGAUCGUGCGCCGGGCGCCAUACGAGCAUAUUACCCGGGAGGCGGUUGAGAAGGCUCUGGACCAAUUCCGCGGAAAGAUCAUGCAGCGUCCACCUAUCUUUUCGGCUCUGCGAGUCGAGGGAAAGAGGCUAUACGAGUAUGCGCGCGAGGGCAAGAUGCCACCGGUCGAGAUCAAGGCACGGCCUGUGGAGACCGUGGAGUUAAAAAUUGUGGAGUGGUAUGAGCCCGGCACCCAUGAGUACAAGUGGCCCGAGGAAGAGAUGACUGGAGACGAGAGGAUCAUUGCCGAGAAGCUCCUCGACAAGGAGGCUGAGGUGCCGUUGGAAAGCGAAGCUGCAGACCAAGAAGCGUCUUCUGCUAAGCGGAAGACGCCGCCUGCAGCGGACUCGCCCAAAGAAGAAGAUCAGGAAGCUGCUAAGAAGCAAAAGAUCUCAGAGGAUAGCGCCGCCCAAACAGCCGCACCUGAGCCUGCUGCUCCGGAACCUUCCACUGCAGAUGCCCCCUCCGAGCAAACGGAUCAGCCUCGUCCCCCGCCCGCCGCAGUCAAAAUCCAUAUGACCGUCACCUCGGGCUUUUACGUUCGGUCUUUGGCACACGACCUAGGCAAAGCCGUCGGUAGCUGUGGUCUGAUGAGCGAGCUCGUUCGAAGUCGCCAAGCUGAGUUUGAUCUGAAGCCCGAAAAUAUCCUCGAAUACAAGGACUUGGAGCAAGGCGAGGAGGUCUGGGGUCCCAAAGUCCAGAAGUUCCUUGAAAAUUGGGAAAGCAAGAGGGCUGCUAAGGCGGAGGCGGAGGAAAAGGCGAAUUCUCAAUAA